UUGGUUAAGUUGAAGUUUUGGCCUAAACUGAUUUCAGAAGGUGUCAACAGCCCAGGUUACAAACAGUCUCUGUACUAAGAUAAACAAGGUUCAAUUUGCAAGAUGGCAAAGAGCAUACCAACCACUUCGUUUUAUGGAAGCAGGAGAACAACAAUUCGAAUAACGAAUCAUGGGGUUGAGGAAAAAGAAGCAAAUUUGGGAAUUAUUGUCCCUGAUGCUUUUAACAGUGAUAUAGAAGAUGAAGAGAGUGAUGAAAAUGAGAACAAUGAUGUCAUUAUCAGAGGAGACAUGAAUAUCAGUAAUGAUGAUGAUGGUGAAGACAGUGAUGAUUGUGAUGAUUAUCAUUAUGAUGAUAAUGAACAUGGAGAGAACAAUGUUUUCACCUUCCCAGAGAACCCAGUUCCUGAUAAUGUAGUCAAAACCACACCAGAAGGCACAUCAGUUACCAGAAAAUCAGCUACAAAAAGCAAAGCAACCAUGAAAAUCCCAAUGCCAAGAUGGCGCAAGAGGGAAGCUGCCGUGGUUAACAGUGUGUUCUGUGGAGAACCUCUACCAAGUCCACCCAAUGAAGUUUUGACACCAAUAGAAUACUUCAAAAACUUUUUUGAUGAUCAGCUGAUAGGUCACAUAUCUGAGCAGACAAACCUGUACUCUGUGCAAAAAAAUGGAUCGUCAGUUGCUACAACAGCUGAUGAGAUAGAGCAAUAUAUUGGUAUACUUUUGCUUAUGGGUAUUUACAAAAUCCCUCAGUAUAGAAUGUACUGGUCAAGAGAACUGAACAUUUCCAGCAUUUCAGAAACAAUGCCUGUAAACCGCUUUGACAAAAUCAAAAGCUUUUUUCAUUGCAAUGACAACUCAAAAAAUGUGCAGAGAAGUCACCCAGAGUUUGACAAACUCUUCAAAGUAAGGCCAGUGAUAGAUUCUGUUCAAAAUAAAUGUAGGAAGGUUCCACAAGAGGAAAAGCACUCUAUUGAUGAACAGAUCAUUCCUACAAAGGGCAGGUCUCCAAUAAGGCAGUAUAUUCCCAACAAGCCACAUAAAUGGGGAAUAAAGGUUUGGGCACGCUGUGGAGUCAGUGGCAUUGUUUAUGAUUUUGAUGUUUACACUGGUGCUUCUCCAAAGGGGAAUCUAGAUGAGUCAUUGCAAAAUUUUGGUGUUGGUGGUAAUGUGGUGGCUCGCCUAUCAUCAACGCUGCAAAGAAAUGUUGGCUACAAGCUUUAUUUUGAUAAUUACUUCUCUUCCGUCGCACUGAUGCAGUAUCUUCAAAAGGAAAGGAUCUGGGCUGUAGCAACAAUACGGGCAGACAGACUGAAAGGUGCAGAGAAAGUCCUAGAAGACAAAAAAAGCUUGAGCAAGAAGGGAAGAGGGUCCAGUGACUGGUGUGUUGAUGCCAACAGUAAUGUUGUGAUUGUUCGUUGGAUGGACAAUGGAGUUGUUCAAUUAAUUUCAAAUUACAUUGGCAAAGAUGAUGGUUCCAAGGCUCAAAGGUGGUCAGCUAGAGAAAAGAAGUUUAUAACUAUAUCUCGACCUCUGAUGGUUGAAGAGUAUAACUUGCACAUGGGGGGAGUCGAUUUAUGUGACAUGCUGAUGGCUCUCUACCGGAUAAGACUUCGCUCUAACAAAUACUACAUGCAUAUCAUUUAUUAUUGUAUUGGCGUGUCAGUCAUCAAUGGAUGGCUUCUCUAUAGAAGGCACUGCAUGCAGCUAGGAAUUCCAAGUAAAGAUGAAUUGACAUUGAUUCAAUUUCAGUCAAUGGUUGCAAAUGCCUUGACACUUGCUGGGAAGAGCACACAGCCAAGAAGAGGACGGCCAUCGAUUACCCCCCCUCCAAAGAAGAAAACAAAAUGUCAUGCUGUAGCAACACCCAUCAAUGAUGUUUGCUUUGAUAAUGUUGGGCAUAUCCCAGAUUUUGAGGAGAAGCAACAGAGAUGUCGUUACUGUCCUAAGGGGUACUCUGCAGUCAAAUGUGUGAAAUGUAAAGUUCAUCUCUGCUUUGUACGAGGGAGAAACUGCUUCAAGAAUUUCCAUUCAAAGUGAAGAUUAGGACCAUUUGCUAGGCAUUAACUGCAGUAUGAUAGGUUCAAGAUUGUCAGUUGAUUUAAGAGUUUUAAAGUUCAUGUUGAGUUGUUAUAAAAUAUAUGAACAGUAUAUACCUUCUGUUAUCACUUGUACCACAACGGAAUCAAUAUGUAUGUAGAACAGCCCAGGGGGAGAAAGUGCUAAUUAUCAAAAGGCCAAUCCUCUUUCCAAAAGCCCUAUCUGAACUGAAAAUUCAAAUAAUUGGCUAUCUGUCUUAAUAAAGUGUGUGGAAAUAUACAGAAAACCACAUUUUUAGAUAUUUUGAUAUUUCAUUAUCAGCAACAACUUUAUACCAUUGCUGCAUAAUGUUGUUGUGGGACAACAAUCUGACAUGACAUCAUCUUCUAAUAAUAAUGUCAAAAUUGGUCUGAAAAUAGUUCUCCACAUCAAAAUAAAACAUUCUAGUGCAAAAAAA